AUGGCCACCUCUCCCUCACUCCUCUUCCUUUCAUGCUUCAUACUACACCUUGCUUCUACCCGCAUCAAUGCCUAUUCAAAAGAGAGUGUUGUCCUAAAUAAGAUAGACUCAUGCUGGCGGGCCAAGUCAAAUUGGGCAUCAAAUCGCCAAGCCUUGGCUGAUUGUGCAAUAGGCUUUGGCAAUGAUGCUAUAGGGGGCAAGUAUGGAGCCAUAUAUAAAGUCACAGAUCCCUCUGAUGACCCUAUAAGCCCAAAACCUGGCACACUUCGUUAUGGUGUGAUCCAAACACAGCCCCUUUGGAUCAUUUUUGCCAAAGAUAUGGUUAUUAGGCUCAACAAUGAGCUUAUAAUGAAUAGCUACAAGACCAUUGAUGGAAGAGGUGCUAAAGUUGAGAUAGGAAAUGGGCCAUGCAUUACUAUACAAGGUGUUAGCCAUGUCAUCAUACAUGGCAUUAGCAUCCAUGAUUGUGAACCAAGCAAGGCUGGCCUUGUGAGGAGUACACCAUCUCAUGUUGGCCAUCGUCUAGGCUCUGAUGGGGAUGGCAUUAGUGUCUUUGCCUCCUCAAAUGUUUGGAUUGAUCAUUGCUUUUUGGCUCGUUGUGCUGAUGGCUUGAUUGAUGUUAUUCAUGCCUCAACUGCUAUUACCAUUUCUAACAAUUACUUCACCCAGCAUGACAAAGUUAUGCUACUAGGGCACAGUGACGAAUAUACAGAAGAUAAAAUAAUGAAAGUAACAAUAGUCUUCAACCGAUUUGCUAGUGGCCUAAUUGAAAGGAUGCCAAGGGUAAGAUUUGGUUAUGCCCAUGUUGUAAACAACAAAUAUGAUGGGUGGAAAAUGUAUGCCAUCGGUGGCAGUUCUAACCCAACCAUUUUAAGUGAAGGAAACUACUACAUAGCUCCAAAUAACCCUGCUGCAAAACAGAUUACCAAGAGGGAAAAGAAGGGAAAAUUGACGAAUUGGAAAUGGAGAUCUUCUAAGGAUGCAUUCCUAAACGGUGCUUAUUUUGUUCCAUCUGGGUAUGGAAGUUGUGCUCCAAAUUAUUCACCCUCUCAAUUUUUUACUGCUACACCUGCUUCCCUGGUGCCGGCAAUAACUCUCAAUGCAGGUCCCCUGACUUGUGUUGUUGGUAAAGCGUGUUAGUUUUGUCUUGCAUUUGAAUCUUUCUCUCUCGUUUUUUUUUUUUUUCUUCUUGUGUUGACUGAUUCCCGAAGCCCUUUAGAAGCAUGUAUCAAAU